AUGAUCAUUUCCGUAGAUCACAGCGACGAUCUUGAUGCGUUAAGUCCCGUUCCUCUUCUCAUCACGGCCUCCUCUUCCGUCUCUUUUCUCGCAGGCGCUGCAGUUGAGAACAGCGCUCAUGUUCAUCGAGGCCGACCAGGCAGCAGACAUAACCGUGGCACUGGCGCUAGCGGAGGUGUUCAACAAGAUCAACAGCACACUGCAGGCAGGCCGAGGCGGCAACCCCGACGCCUUCGAGAGACAACUCCAGGGCAUUGCGGCCAACGUCAGCGCCAACAGCGUCCUGCCGAAGGACUGUGGAAGGAGCCCCUCCGACAGCGGGACCCCCUCCGCGGAUCCCACCCUUGGGUCGUGAGCGUCGGCUACAAGAAUGGAGACAAGGACACCAUCGGUUGUGUGGCCGUCGUCAUCAGCCGCCACCACGUCAUCACGCACGCCAUCUGCGCCGCCACGACCAAGUAUGACCACGUCCUCCUGAAGAACACGGCCUACAAAGUGUCCAACAGAUGGUUCCACCCGAGUCUGAAGAGUGAUGAUGACGUCACCAACGGCCACAACAUCGGCAUCGUCAUGACAGAGAAGCUGGUGUUCAACGACGAGGUGCAGCCAGCCUGUUUGCCCGGAAUCAACGACGUCGUGAGCGCCGUGGGUGAUGGGACAACCACACUGGUCGGAUUCGAAGCAUCUCCCAGAGGAGGCGUGACAAAGUAUCUUCUUGGGCCAACUCCAAGACCUUCAAUUCCUUGCUCUGCUUCGAAGCCCUCGGAGCCCUCGGAACUGGAGGCGGCCAGAGUAGGAAUUCGCUCUACGAGAUCCUCAACAGACACACAUGUGUGUGUCUUGAGGCCUUUUCAAAGAGGCUGAACUAUCCGUGACCGUUGACCAAGACCCAAGCACAGGUCGCGUCGAGGUCACGGGCGUGGGACCCGUCACCGACCCCAGCUCCAACUACCCGAUGGCAUUUACUCUCAUCCAGACGCACACGUUCUGGCUCGAGCUCAUGGUCAAGAAUUCAAUCAGGCUUUGCUCUGAACACAAGACGAGGAGAGGCAAGAGGGAAUGGCCAGUAAAGUCAAGCACUGAAGACUUUAGAAAUAAUACAGUUUAUUCUCAUUUAGACAUGUUAUAGGCCUACAUUUAUAACCCUUUGAAUAUAGUAUUUGCAGCUUUA